AUGGCAAAGCAAUUUUAUUUCUUUAAAAAAGCAGGGCAGAAUUGGCUGGAAGAUAAUACAUUUUGGACAUUGUGGGAACUUUUGGAGUCCUGGACUCAAAAUGAUUGGGUGGCAAUCUUUUUCAUAAUUUUCCUAGGGAUUAUUUUUGAGAUCAUACUCAUAAAGAUUUGUUCAUCCUUUAAUAAGAAGCCUACACUUCCAGAAAAGGGUAGUUCAAGUGCCCAGAAGAAGGAAGACAGUUGCCUGGAAAGCACGAAAUUUGAUAACUGUCCAACUCCUUCAUCUUCUGAGGAAAGAAUUAAAGACUCUUCAGAAAGAACAAUUUCUUCAUCACUUACCUCUGAAGAAAAUGAAGGUAACUUUGAAGAUAGAGUUUCAACAUCAAAUGAAGUAAUAUGGUCAAGUACCAGUGAAAGUAAAUAUCAAGUAAGUCACUUUAGUGAAAGUCAUAUGAUAUCUUCAAAUGGGACUAGUUCAUCUUUGUCACUAUUUCAUUCGGAAGUAAAGAAAAUUUUUCCAAGCCAUGGAGGGCAUCCAGAAAAUGAACAUGAAACAAUACAGUUUUCAUCCAAGAAGUUAUUUUCAAUAAUGAAAACCAACAAAAAUAAAAAUGUAGUAUUUUCUUCUGACUUUAACUUUUCAAGAAGUUCUAGAAUCACUGUAGAAAGUGAAGAUAUCGAUGUGGCACCAUGCCCUUCUGCCCACUUAUUUCUUUCUAGGGACCAAGUCAGACUUCUGGAAGAAAAUGUGAGAAAUCAAAUUGCUUUGAAAUCCAAAACUACAUUAGAGAAUAAAAUCACUUAUCUGUACUCAAGACUUCAAGAAUCCUUGAUCCAGAAUCAACGUUCUGUCAGAAUGGGUAUUUCUGCCCAACCACAAGAUUCUUUUUCAGGACAGAAUCCUCCUCAGAAUCAAGAUUUUUAUGAAACCAGAUUUACUAGUCAAGCCCAACAAUUUGUUAACAACCAAGAAUCAGUUAAUAGCCAGCCUGAUAUCAUGGCCAGAUACUUCGCGCUACCUCAGGAUUUGAUAAGGAAGCCAUUUUCCAGCAUCAUGCAAGACUCCUCCCAGACCCAAGAUAUGGACAGAAACCAACAUUUGGUCGACGUCUCAUAUUCUGUUGAGACCCAAGAUUCAAUCAAGGGCCAAGAGUCUGAUAAACACUUCAGUGAGGCCCAGUAUUCUGUUUGGCUUAAAGAUUCAAACAAGAUUAAAUAUUUAAUUAAGGAGCAAAAUGCUAUUUUUAAGAAUGCCAGAUUUCUAGUUUUAACUCUAAGUCCAGAUUCACUUGCAGAAGGGGUGCUGCAGAUGGAGAGUGUAAAGCCAGGGGGACAGAAACAAAUCGCUUCAUCAGAAUUAAGUCAGUAUUCUGUAUAUGGCUCGGGGCUUCUUUCACCUAUCCUUAAAAGGCAGAAAAACAGGAGAAAAGCAUUACACAGUACGAGUAAACUUAGUCUCAAAGUUCCAUCUCGAAAGUCAAAGAAAACACCAACUCCAUGGGUAUUUCAAAUGACAGUAUGUCACACUUCAAAACCUAGCAAGUUAGGAUGCACGUAUAAUGCUAAGGAGAAAGAAUUACAUCAAAGGAAAGGUAUAUCAGAUACGGCUUUGCAUCUCACUUAUGUUUCCAAGCUUAUUCCUCCCUAUGUUAGGAAGUAUUCUAGAAAAAAACUAGUGAAAGUCAUGCCAGGUGUAACAGGAUGUAGACAUUCUCUGUCAGCAGAUGCAGAGAAUGUCGAUCACCUGGGGUCUCUUGAGAAAAGAGGAACCUCGGGCAGCACUAAAAAUAUAAAGCAGCAUGACGGAGAAAAUAAAGGACAAAAAAACAUUUUACCAAAAAUCCCACCUCAGCUAGAACCGUCUUUCAUGGUCAAUACUUUUCAACUAAAAUCACCUUGUUCUUCCUUGAUAGAAAUGACCUGGAAGAAUAAAGAGCUUCAUAGAGACCCAAUUAUACGAGCAAAGGAAAUUGGUAUUGCAGAGUUUCAUGCCCUCAAUAGUAAAAAAACAUCUGACCUGCAUAUUCCCAAGCAGGAGGCCCCUUUAAAAGAAGCUUUAUUAGAACCUUGGCAAAAAUGUGUCUCCUCUACGGAAGCGGAAUCAAACAGGAGAAUGAAAACGCAGGAGGAGCUAAAAAAUACAGAGAAUUCCCAUCUUCCACUUUCAAGUGGAGAGAAGUUACCAACUAGUUCACCAGAAACGAAAAGGGACUUUCCACAUGGAAACAUACAAAAGCAAAAAGAUUUUCUAGAAAUUGUUCUGGAGACCUCAGAGGUUAAUCUGCUCAUUUCACUGGGAAUCAAAGAGCAUAAAACCAGUGAACAAUUAACAAGUGUAAAAACUCAAGAGAGUACAGAAGAUGUAAUUAUGAAGGAAAAGAAACCACGACUAACACUUCAUAUUACAGAAUGUGAUAACCUGAGUGAAAGCGAGGGACUGGAACAUGACACGAGAGACAACUUAAAAAACAUGCAAGGUAAAAGAAUAUCUGCUACACUUCACAAUGCCACUGACACUAUCAUUUCUGAACCACUUGAUGUGGAAAUGCACAGCAGAUUAAAAGCCAAGAUAGAUACAUCAGCAACAGGGGUUAGUCAUUCAAUGGCAACGAAGAAAUUACCAGAUGAAAAGAAAGCCUGGGAUGCAAAAUACAUUGGGAAGAGAUGUGUAUCGAAAAGGCCACAAGAACAUGACAGAGAAGAACAACAACAAACUUGUCAAGAAGCAUUUCCACAGCUGACACAAGAUUUCAGCCUCAGCGUGCAACUGAAGCAGAAGCCCAAGUACGUCAGAUUUAAAAUAAAACAGAGCAGUUCAGAAAGUAGAAAAACACAAAAUAAAGAGCAAGAGGUGCAACCACAAACUCUUCCUACAGGAACAAUUCUGGGAACUAGUCCAUGCCCCACGACGGGUCCAUUUCAAGUUGAGGUUAAGCAAAGCAGACACAGACCUACAGGCAGAGGAACUGCAGAUCCAGAGAAUCCUCUUCCAGGGCUGGAGAACUCUCGAGCUGGCAAAGUUUUGACUGAAACAACAGAAUGUGGUGUCCCCUUUGGUGGAAGCCCCAGGAGGGUAACAGAGGAUCAUAUUACAGAAGAAAAGGCAGACCUCCAACAAGUUUUACCUGCAGCUGCUCUGAGGUCCUUCAUUAUCCAUAUGCUUCCUUUCUCAUAUUUAAAAAGACAGCAAAUCAGAAAAAAAUUAUCAGGUGCAAAAGGGGUACUCCGUCCCAAAUCUACAAUUCUGAAAGUAAAGAAGCCAACAAAUUUACUGAUGCCUAGUAUUAGUAGGCAUGGUACUGCAAGUCUUAGGAAAAGAUUGAGCGGCAGUUUUAAAUCCUUAAUUAAAGAGAUGCUGCAAGAUAAAAUUGUGGCAGAUGAGCUUGUGAAUGUUACUUACCCUCACAUGUCUGUUUUGCCUUGGAUUAGAACACAAAGCAGAUUAAAUGCAGAGAAUCUCAGUCAGACCAAGCUAAGACAAGAGAAAUCCGAAGAGGAACGGAUAGAAAAGUAUUCCGAUUCUAUUAAUAAAGGCAGUGGCUCUGGCCGCCACACACUAGAAGCUACCCUGCAAGACGAAGUGAGAGGAGACAGAGAAGCUCCAGCAGAAGCCGUCCUGCACGAGAGCCGGGGCCUCCCAUUGGAUGCCAAGCCAGAGAAGGAAUUCAAAACAGAGGAAGCAAUACCUCCACCAGUUCCAUCCUUGGAAACACUUAUGGAGUCUGUUUCCUCUCCCGUAAGAGAUCUAUUUCAUGUUGAGAAUAUGAAGGAAAGCCCAACAACACAAGCCGACUUACAAGGCAGUGCAGAUUCUGAGACGCCUCGCCCAACAUCAGAGACACCUCUCCUAACAUCAGAAAAAUCCCUGGCUGAAGACCCUUCAAACCAAACCAGAGAAAGUGAUGUUCUAGAUUAUGGAAGUGAUACAAGGGAAAUGGGUUACUUUUCUGCAGAAACAAAUUCUGCAGAAUUACCAAAAGAUUUACCAACAACCUUUCCAGAGACUUUUAACUGCCACAUGCCUAUUGCAACUCAUUCCAAAAUAAAUAAAAACAAAGUAAGAUUCUCAUACACAGAAAGUUCAGUGAAGUCUAGACCUGUAGAUUCAAAGACUGUGAAGUCAUCAAUUUCACAAGUAUUUAAUAGCACGGGUCAGAGAAGGACACUGGACUCCAAAUGUAAGGCAAAGUUGGAGAAGAUCAACCAAGCUAAUGGACUGGUAUACGAAUUUUUAAAUACCCUUUACUCUCCCAUGCAGAGCUUCUGUCCUGCUCAGUUAAAGCAAGGGGAAUUAGAGCAAGUGAGACCACGGUAUGUUGAUUUCUUUGACAAGAGCUAUGCAUUCCAUAACCAAGAGGAAAAAGUGGAAGAUGGAGAGGAAGUAGAGCCAAAAACUUUGCUAGAAGCAGCUUCACAGCAUACCCAGUAUGUCUGGCCCAGUGCCUCUCAAGGGAAGGAGACCCACCUUGGUGAAUCAGACUCAGUGCUGAACUGUUUAACCCAGGAGCUGCCUGUUAGUGAGCGAGGUGUGCAGCACCAAGCAUGGUUUGCACAAACUGCACUGCAUACUGGCCCCCAGAUGGGUCCUAGAGAAGCUGAGGAACUCAACAAAGUCAGCAAAACAGAAAAUGACAUAAUAGUCUCUAUGGGUCCAAAGAUUCCACCUCCCAAAGCUUUACCAGGUCCCGAGAGUAGCCGAGACUUUAUAUUCAGUGCAUAUCCGAAGAGUUGUGACCUUGUCAAAUCAGAUGAGGACCUGAAGCAACUGCGAAGUAUAAAUACUCAGGUACAACCACGAAAACAUGCUUCACAAACUAUUUUAGGUUCUGCUUCAUGCCCCAUAUUGGAUCAGUUUCAAUUUGAAAAACUGGAGAGUUAUGCCAGGUUUUUACCUCCAAAGUCAGGGGGAGCAAAGACGGAUGAAAGCAUUUUUUCUACAAGAGAAUACCAUGUCCCGUCUGCUGCAAAUCAUCAAAAGGAAGACGCUGGUGGCAUUGAAAAGAAAGACACAGUGACUUCCGAUUCCCGCAUACCUGCUUUAUCUACAUUCAGACGAAAGAAAAAUUUUAAAAAAUACUCAGGCAUGAAAACUUUAGUGAAUCUCAAAUGUGGAAUUUUAAAAGCAAAGAAACCGUCAGUUUCAUACAUAUUCAGUAUGACGGGUGGUGUUGGCCCAAACCACAGAAAAGAAUUGGGCUAUAACUCUAUAGCCAAAAUGGAAGAGAUGGCUCAAGGUGAAAAAGUGGCGGCUAAAAUACAUUCUUUCAUGGAUAGUGCACCUGAGGUUAAUAUGUAUAGCAAGACAGAAAGAGGAAAAGGUAUGUUAGGAGAGAGAAGUCUCAUUUCUAAACAAGUAAAGCAAGUCCUAUCACCACAGGAAGAGGAUAUUACUUCAGAUGACACUAAAGAGAACAGUCUUCAGGAUGCAGAAGAAGAAAGUGAACAGGAGCCAUUAGAAGUAAUUCUACAGCACAGCCAACACUUCGAAUUCUGUUCCGGCCACAAGGAAGAACUUGGGAACCAAGGAAGUGGGAAAAUUCUGUUUAUUACUGAACAAGACAUCUCACGACAAAUGCUGCCUCCAGAUUCAGGGCAGGGACAGAAGCCGAAGAAAAGCUACCAGACACAAAGUGGUGCAACAUAUACAGUAAGUUCACAGCUUCCUUUUCUAAAGUCAAAGAAAUCACUAUUUGAUCAAGUUUUAAUGGAUCCUAAGUGCCCACUUAGGACAAGUGACCUAAGUGUUGGGAGCCAUAAGGGGGAAUUUUACAGUCAUGAUAAAGAGGAAAAUGCAGAGUUUAUAAAAGAUCUACAAGCAAAUGUCCUGGAGUCUUUGCUCAUCUCCACACCUGGUCUAUCUGAAUCUAAACUGCAGAGAAAGACAUUUACAUGUAGAGCCUUAAAAAAUAAAAUUAGUCCCAGAUGUGUGAUUAUGAAGGCAAAGAAGUCACCAGUUUCACCAAUAUUUAAUAUCUCAGGAAGUGGUUGUCUAAAAAACCUACGUCCAAAGACCCUGAAAUCACAGAUUAUUGACUUGCUAAUUCAUAUAAAAUGCUCUGGGAUCCUGGAAGAUCUUAUUGCAGAGAGAAGGAAAGGAUCAGCACAAGAAUUACCAGCAACAAGUCUGGAGUCUUGGGAUUUAUCCACACUUGAUUUACCUGCAUUAAAAAGAAAGAGAAGCAAUUUAAAGUUUAUAGACAAGAGAACUAAAAUGAGUCUUGAAUGGGUAACUUCAAAGGCAAAGAAGGCAGCGAUUUCCCAGACACUCACUGUCACACAAUGUGGCACACCCAGCCAGAGAAGGCAACUCACAUGCAACUUCAAAAUCAUGAUGAAACAAGGGAAACCCACGGCAGACAUGACCCUAAAAGCCACCUCCUCUCCUGUUCCUGUUUUAGUUGAUGUGAAAAUGCAUAACAGAAUAAAAGCAGAGUCUGAUGUGUCCUGGAAAAUGAGAUUCAGUCACAAACUGCAACAGCAGGAGGAGUCAGCAGUUAGAGAGAGAGCCUGCUAUGCUGACUCCAGUGAUCGGCGGGGCCACGCCUCCAAUGACACGACGGAGGUCAAAGACCCGUGUGAAGAGGCAGCCCCGCGGAGUUCUGAACACCCCAGCUUCAUUGCUGGUAAAAUGAAGGAGCUUUACGUUGUGAAGUCAGAACUAGAACUAAAGAACUCAGCAAAGAUAAAAAUCCCAGAACCACUUAACACAGCCCUGGAGCUGCAGCAACAAACAUUUCUCACACAAAGUGUACUACAGUCUGUUUCUUGUUCUAUUUUGAAUUCACUUCCCUUUGAGAAGCAACCAAAAAGAACAAAAACACAAAAAGGCUUACGAUAUGCAGAGAGUCCAAAGAUUUUAUCUGCAGUGCUAGAGAAAUCAAUUCCUAAAUCUGUAAUUGUUACAGCACAGAGUGACAUCCUAGCUGAAAGAGGCCCUAGAAAGGAACUUGCUCGAUCUCCAGAGGAAAAGAUAAGUUUGCAAAAGGAUUUACAAGGGAGAACCCUAAAGGGCUUUGAUUUCUCCCUGCCAGCACCGUCUGAAUUUGAAGGUGGGAGAAAUGCAGCACGAAUCCCCAAGUCUAGAAACGGGAAGGCACAAAUGGCAUCAAUUUCAAAGACAAUCAACAUCGCUAGGUCUGGUGCUCUUAGCCACGGAAAGGAACAGGACGUCGCCUUGGAAAACACAGCCAAAGAAACACCUCAAAGUAUGUCAGAUCUAUUUUUGAAUACCUUCCCUUCACCUACACCCGUUUCACCUGCCAUCAAAACACGUAAAAAAGUAAAAAAGAGAGACCUGUUAAGAAAUAAAAGCACUAUCAUACAGCCAGAACAACAUGAAGGGGAAAGACUCUGUCCCUAUUCUUCUAAUAAAUGGAGCAGCUCAAGCAGCACAUCAGAAUCAAGAUGGCAAAAUAGAAAAGAAAGAGAGGGCGACAGAGUUUUAUUUGAAGCCGGUCUACAAUUCCUGUAUAAUACAGGAAGGAGAAAAGAUCAAAAUAUGCUUCUUAUGGAGCAGGACGUGCAACAACCAACACUGGUUUCAGAAAGUAAAUUGGAAGCUACUUGUUCUCCUCCGAUUCCAUUUCAAACUGAGGAGCUGAGCAAGACUAUCCCACCACGAGAAGACAUACCAAAUGGAACAGGGCAAAAGAUUCCAUUUCCAAAAUCAGGGAAAACAACAUUCGACUACUUAGUUGAUGAAACAGAGUAUAGUACUGUGUCUGACGGGAGCCCUGCAAGGAAGCUAGAUGUUCAUGUUGCAGUUUCCCUACAACCUGAAGAAGAAGAAGAUGUCAUAAAAACUCCAAAAGUUAUGAAACACAGAGUUGAUCAAAAUAUCUUACCUACCAAAUCAGGGAACACAGUACUUGGAGAUCCAGGUGAUAAAAGGUCUGGAAGGAAGAAAAGUGGUCCCAUUGCCAAGAAACAUAGAAUGCUGCAGAGAGAUUUACUAACAACAUCCACAGUAUCUCUUUUAUUUGACUCCGAAAAUCAGGAGAAGAUAUUAAAGUUUCCAAGAAGGAAAAAUCGUAGGGGUCCCAAAUGUGUAACCAGGAAGGCAAAGAAGCUUCUUUGUUCACAGAUGCUUAAUAUCACUGAGGAUGAUAAUCUCUACUGUAGGAAGGAACAGGACCACAACUUAAAAUCCAUAAUAAACGACAUGCAACAGAAUAAAAGCACAACAAAUGCAUUUUUGUCUUCCAUGCCUGUUUCAACUGAUAACAAAAUAGAUAUUGAAAUGCAUACCACAUCAAAAGCAGCGGCGGGUCAACCAAGAUUAAUACCAUACAGCUGUACUUCUGCAGAGCUAGGAAAAUCAGCAUGUGCUGGGGAAGUGUGGAAGGCCAACUCAACUGAGCCACAAAACAGAUCAAGCAACACAAUGAAAAUGAAUGUGCACCAUGAAAAGGAAGAGGAAAAUAUCCAAAAAAUAUUAUCGGAAUCAGUUCCACAGUAUAAGCAACACUUCAGUUUCAGUGCCCAUCAUAUGAAAUACCCUGGUUCCUACCAAUCAGAAUCUGAACUGCAUAAUUUAGAAGUCAGAAGCACUUGGAAUUUGUCUUGUGCAGCACAAAAAAUAAGGCCAGAAAAACACUUUAGAGGAACUAUUUUGAAGCCCGUCUCUAGACACAUGAUGAAUUUUCAAGUUGAAAGAGUGAAGAAGAGUCUUCAUACUCAAGAAGGAAUUAAACGUGUGGGAGGAAGAAAGACUCCAUUUCCGAAAGCAAGGAAAUCAGACACUGGUUUGAUACAAUGUGGUGUUCUCUGGGAUGGAAAUCCUAGGAGAAAAUGCGAUAGUUGUAUUUUUAAGGAAAAGGCAAAGAAUCAAAAUGACUUAAAAUAUUCAGAUUUUCCCAGCUUUGAUUCAUAUGAACCUAAAAGCCAGAGCUACACAUUAGAGUUUUCAGGCAAGAAAAGUAUAAUAAACCCCAAGCAUGUAACUUUGAAGGCAAAGAAACAACCAGUUUCACAGUUGCUUAAUAUCUCAGGAUGUUUUAUAGGAAGCCAUAGAAAGAUGAAGCGGUGCAAAUUUCAGUACAAGAUGAAAGUGAGGCAUUGGUUUGAAGGUGUGGGCGAGGCAUCAUUCCUUGCUACUGUGGGAACUAAGAUUCCACCACCCAAGUCAGUGACUGAUAAACACCCCUUCAAAGCAACAGCAAGGGGCACUCUGUAUAACAAAAUACUUCAUAGAAAUCUGCAUGGUCGUAUUACAGAGGAAAAGGUAGAGUUACAGGAAAAUUCAGCCACAACUUUCCUGGAGCCUAUAGAUUUCUUUUCACCAAUUUUAUCUGACCCUGAAAGCCAGAUAAGCACAGUACAAUUAUUAGAAGAGGAAAUCACAUUGAACCCCAGACGUUUAACUCUGAAGGAAAAGGAGCCAGCAAUUUCACAAUUACUUAAAAUCAGAGGGCGGUUUACCACAAAACGCAGGAAGAAACUUGGAUCCAGUUUAAAAAACAAAAUGCAACAGAUAUGUCAAGGUAAAAAUGUGGCUGAUACAUUUCCAAAUACCAUGUACUUCACAUCAGACCCCUCUGACAUUGAAAGACAAAAUAGAUUCAAAAUAGAGAUGGACAGAGCAUCAAGGUUUAGUCAUGUACAACCCACACAAAUGCAGUUGCCAAUUGAAGGGCUACUGAUUUCACAACCACUUAAUCCCACUGGUCAUGCUGCUUUAAGCAUUAAUGAACAACAGGAAAAGAAGAGAGACAGAAAGAGAGAGAGACAUGCCCUAAAUAAAGCAGGUGCUAGUUCUCCUUAUGCCUACACACCUAUGUAUCCUAAAAUCAUAAAACAUAAAGCUAAGGCAAAAACAGCAGAUGUGACAAACACUGUGCAUACCAAACGGAUGAGACUGAAGGCAAAGAAGCCACCUGUCUCCCAGCUGUUUCAUACUAUAGGUUGUGGAAUCAGAAGAAACCAAAAGGAACCGAGACAUGAAAUGAAGAAACAGAAGGAGUUCCAGCAAGAUAAAACCAUAGCAGAUUUAUUUCUGAACACUGUUUGUGAUUCUGGAUCUCUUUCAUCUCAAAUUAAACAAUUUACAGAAGGAGAAAGGGAAAAAGACAGGCCAAGAAAGCCGAUUUACCUUCUUCCACAGGUAGAGCUGGUGAAGUCACUAAACAAAAGAAAAAUAUCAUCUUCACAGUCCACUGAUAUAAAGAGUACUAUAUCAAGAAAUAUCAAAACACUGAAACAGUGUAUUAGAGAGCAAAAAGACAAGGGCCGAAUCGUUUUACUCGACAUUCUCCCACAAUGUAGAGAUCAGUUAGUGAUUAACCAAGAAGUGAAGAAGGAGCUUGACCACGUGAAAAUAGGAGUAGCUUUGAACAGAGAAGUCCACCGUGGUCUAGCUUCCCAGAAGAGGGAAAUCAGUUACACUGGGUUAGACGUCCCAAGAAUCAGAACACAUACAGAAUGUGAAUUCCUUAUUGCACAGAGAGCAAAGCACAAAGAUGCAGACGUAGUCAAACAUUCAGUUUCAGUUCCAGCGGGGAGAAGAGUAUCCAAGAAAACCAAUGUUUCAGUAAAUUCAAAAGGACGGAAUAUAUUUCUUAAAGAGUUGGAUGCUUCUCAACAGAUGACUCACAAGGACAAAGAAUUCCGGAAACAAGGAAGUAUUUCACUGACAAUUUGUGGAACUUUUGCCUUCCCCAUUAUGGAACCUCCUCAUUUGAAAAACACAGGAAAGGUAGCUGAGGAAGAUACGUCCACUAACAAAAGGACUAUUUCACAUCUAUUGAGAAGAGAAGGCAUAAAAGAAACCGAUACCUCACGAGGUUCAAAAGGACAGAAGUUUCUUUGCACCAAUCGGCGGGUCCGGCAAACUAUGUCUGCAGUGCAGAAAGGAGAGGGGAAACCAGAUGGCAUUCCUGAAAGUAUUGUGGAUUCUGUGUCUCGUCCAAAUAGAGAGCAUCUUCAGGUAACACAGGCAGUAAAUACAAAGAAAGAAGACAUAAGCACUCCUAUAAGUUUACAUGUAAAUCCAUGGAGAAAAGAGCAAUCAAAGUUAAUGGAUAUUCCAUUAAGAUUAAAUGGAUGGAAAAUGACUUUUUCUGAAAAACUGAGGGCGAAGCAAUUCCAUAGUUCUAACCAGAAUAAAGAAAAUAUUCUGGAACCCGUUUCUUCUUGCCUAUUGGAUCAACUCUAUAAUGGAAAGCUAAAGAAAAAAGUCUCAGCAAAAGGAAGGAGUUCAAAAGUUUUGAGUUCAGUGGUAGACAAAGCAUUGAAUGAAGUAGAUACUCCAGUAGAUCAACCUUCUAUUAACUUGCAUAACAGAAGAAGAAAGGAACAUCAAAAAGAGAGUACGUGCAAGGUUCUCCAAACAUCAGUUUCUCAUUCCUCAAUGGAUAUACUUCAGAUUAAGUUGCCAUGUGUAAAAAAAACAUCGAAGGCUCCAACAUACCACACUGCAAAUACAGAAGGGAUUGGCUUGCAUGUGGAGGGAAACGAAGAGCAUCCAGAAUGUCUACAUCAUACUUCUCCAAAGUCUGCGUCUCACUCUUCGAGGGAUGUAUUUCAGAGUAAGACACCAUCUGAAAAGGAGGCAUCAGAAGAAGUAGUUGGCACUGUGGAUUACAUUCCAAGUACAGAAAAAAUUAGCUCACUCUUUACAGGAAAAGAGACCAAGGUGCAGACAGAUGAAUGUAAAUCAGCUAUAAAACUGUCAAGCUUGUGUACUUCCUUGCCAUCUCUGUCACAUACUAAUGUGGAUUCGAGAAUAAGAGUAGGGCAAGAGAAGUCAGGACUACCAAGGAGCUGCCUUCCACCGCUAAAGCGCCAGGUGUCACCAAGUGUCAGGAAAACUUCAUUUGCAGAGUUCAUUAAUAGAGGGAGCUUAAGCAAUGUAAGAGAAUCAGAACAUUUGCCACAGGGAAAAAAGGAAGAUGGAAAAAAUGUAGUAUAUGUGAAAGACAUAAUGGGCGUCAAAUGUGUCGCUUUUAAAGGAAAGAAAACACCUUUUAAACACACACUGCAUGGGAAUGCACCACAGUGGAACAACAAAGAACAAGAGGAAACGAUGCAGAAAGAGAAAAGCGACCUAGAGAUAGUUCAGAGCAAACGCCAUGCUUCCAUUCCUCCUUCACCUCGUGUGGAAUGGGAUCCUGAAAUAAAGCAGGUGCUCUUGCGAGGGAUCACAAGAUUUUGUCUUCCGUCACUGCCGCUCCAGAAAUUAUCAGAUGCAGUGGGAAUAUGCGAGGAAUCGGCUGAUGAUAUUUUAAGCAGUAUAAGAAAGGCAAAAUAUGUGCCACAGAAAGAUAGAGGGGAAAUGGCCUUGGAAGCAAUCGGGCAUCCCAAAAGAAUAGUUUUGAAGGCAAAACAGAGUUCAGUUACACAGGAAUUACAGUUGGACAUCAAAGAAAAAGUGAAAGAGAUGCAGAAAGAUAAAGAUAAACAAGAUGGGAUUUGGAGCAAAUCUUGCGUUUCCAUCUCUAUUCCUCCGGACUCAGAAGUGGACACAAGAAUAGAAGGGGAAGAUGCCUUGCUAAUAGAAGCAAGAUCUUCUUUCCUACAAACAGAACUCCAGGAGUCCUCAGAUACAGGAAAAAUAGCAUACAAACAGGCUAUUUAUGGUGAUACCUCAAACAGUGUAAAGGAAGCCAAGGAACAUGAUAUCAUGCAGGAAGAAGAGGAGGGAGUAAGAAUGAUUAAAGUCAUACUUUGGAGGAAAAAGAAAUCAAUUUUACAGGAAAUCCAGCUGGACAUCAAAGAGCAAGAAGAGAAGAGACAAAAAAUUAAAGGUGAGCCAGAUGUCCUUGUGACCAAUACUAGCACUUGCAUACCUGCUCCUUCUCAUUUACAAUUGGAUACAAAAGUAGAAGAAGCAGACUAUGUAACUGAAGUAGCAAGAUGCUCUCUUCCAGCACUGUCACAGCAGAAAUCAUCAGAUGCAGUGAAAAGAGCAAAUGAAACGUCCACUGAUGGUGAUCUCACAAGUGAUGUACAAGACGCAAAAGAACAUACACCACAGAAAGAAGAGACUAAGGCAGAGAAAUCAGCCAAGAGAGACAUGAUGCACCCAAAAGGUGACGGUGUAGAAAGAAACAAAGCACUAGUACAGGACAUACCGUUGAAUCUUAAAGAGCCCGUGAAAGAGGAUCCAGAAAGUGAAGAGCAGGGGAAAGUGGAUGAAGGAGGUAAAUGUGAACAAGAAGUAGUUCUGCCCACAAGCCGGGCUUCUGAAUCUUCUCUAACUCACCAUGAAUUGAACACAGGAAUAGAAGGGGAAGGAGACAGGCAAGGGAUAACAAGAUCUGCUGUUUCACAGCUCCAGCUCCAGAAGUCAUCGGAUGCAGGGAAAAGAGUGUAUGCGGAGUCAUCUGGAGAUGAUAUUUCUAAUGAUGUCAGAGCAGCACCAGAGUAUGAGCCACAGGAAGGAGAAGAUAGAAGAAAAAUAGUAAAUAUAAAACACAUAAGGUAUCCCAAAGGCACAACUUCCAAGGCAAAGGUAUUACCACUUCCACAUGUACUCAACCCCUCUGGGGGUUGUGACCGCCGAAUUUCAGAAGUACAGACAAGCAUGAAAGAAAAAUCAAGAUACAUACAAGGAAGAAGUGAGCUAGAUAAGGUUCUGACAAGACCUUCUCCACCUCAGUUUAAAUUAAACAAAGGUAGAGAAGGCAAGGAAGAGAAACAAGUAACAAGACCCUUUCUCCCAGCCUCAUGGCAAAGGGAAUCAUCAAAUGCAGAGAAACUGCAGUAUACAGUACUACCUUUGAAUGCUAUUUCAAACGAUUCGAAAAGAACAAAAUAUGUGACACAGAGAGAAGAGGAUGAAGAGAAUACUUUUGAGAAAGACAUAAUGCAUUCCAAGUAUAUAGCUUUGAGGGCAAAGAAAUCACCCCUUUCCCUUAUACUCAAGACAAAGAAACUGCAAGUGAACAUCAAAGAACAAGUGAAAGCGGGACAAGAAGAUAACAAGGAAACCGUUGUGCUUCGGAGCAAAAUCCAUCCUUUUCUCACUUCCUCAACUCGUCUUGAGUGGGUCACAAAAGAGGGGGAACACGAGCCAGAAGUAAUAAGAAAUGAUGCAUCACAUCUUGAGCUCCAAGAAUCGUCUCCCCCAGGGCAAAUAGCAUCUGCAGAGUCCCCUGAUACCCUCGUGAAGAAGGGAAUACAAUGCCCACAGCAGGCAGAAAGGGGCAGAGCACAAACAGAAGCCAGGAAUGACUCGGUGCAGCCUCAGGGCUCAGAUUUGAAGACAAAGACGUCACCACCUCCUCAUGAAUUCCGUGUCCCUGAGCACAGAGAGGAACCUCCGUGUAUAAAGGAGAAAGUAGAAGAGGAGCAGCAAAGAAUGGGAGAUCCCGGCGUGGCUCUGACAAAAACUCCUCCUUCCACACCUCCUCCAUCUUACCACAGCUUGGACACAAGAACCAAAGUAGACACAGACUUGCCGGCAAUGACAGGACUCUCUCCUCCACAACUGCUGUGCCCCAAGUCGUGUGUGGGAAAAACCAGAUACGCAGAUUCCACUGAAAGCACUAGAUCAUGUAAUAUAGUAAUAAAAGCAUAUCAACAUGUGCCAAAAGCAGAGGGAAGGGACAGAGAAAAAAUAAAAGGUGGGAAAGGUAGAAGACUCCCCCGAAUAAUUACCUUGACAGCAGAGACAUCCCCAUUUCCGCAUCUACCCAGGAGAAAGAGGCUACCUUUGAACAUUAAAGAGCAAGGAAAAGAAGUGCCAGAAGACCAAGGUGAGCCAGAAAUGGUUCUGAAGGAAACCUGUGCCUCCUUACUUUCUCCUUCUUCUCCGAAAUGGGACACAAGGAUGAAAGAAAAGGAAGACACGCUAAGAAUAACACAAUCCUGUUUUCCACCACCAAAGAUUCGAGAUCCAUUCAGUUCAGGCAAAAAGCCAUAUACUAAGUCAUUUGAUGUGUGUGGGUUAAAAGAGAAGGACAGACUCAAAACAGAUACUGAAAACAAAGUGGUCCCAGCACCUAUGGCUAUGAGGGUAAAGGAAUUAUCACUUUCACCUGUACUUGAUACCCAAAAAUUGCAGGGAAAAUUUCAAAAGCGAGAGAGAAAGGUGCAGAAAGAUGAAAAGGACCUAGCUACACAUCUGGAGAACAUUUGUACUUCUUUACUUACUCUACCAUACCUUAAAUUUGGUUCAAGAGAAGGAGAGGGGUACAUGAUGAGAAUUACAAAACUGCCUCUCCCCCACCUACCGUCCAGGGAAUCACAAGACGCGGUGAAAACAGUAUAUGCAGAAACAACUGACGGAGAACUUUCAAACCCUGCAGAAAAAUGGAAAGAACACGCAUUACAGAAAGAAGUGAGGGAUAGAGAGGAAAACGUGGAUGUGAAUAGUAGCGUGGGUCCCAAUGAUAGGUAUUUAAAAGCAAAGAAAUUGCCUAAUCUACUUAGAUACAAUCUAAGUGACCUUCGAUGGAAAACCAAAAAGCAGGAGGGAAUGGCUCAGGAAGGUCGGCGUGAGCCAGGUGCGGCGAGGCUGACUAAGACUUGUCCUUGCCGAGCUUCUCUCCUUCACCUCAGCACGAGUCCCGGAGAGGAGGAAAGGGGAAGGCCGGCAGUCACGGCCCGCUCUCUGUCCUCAGGCAGCUCCCAGGAAUCAUCAGAUUCUGAGGACAGGGAAUGCACAGAGCCCAUUACCGGGGAUAUUUUGAUCAGUCCACGAAAAGGAGAGCGUCAUAUGCCCCAGAGAAAGGAAAAGGAUGGAGCAGAUAGAGUAAACCUCGGGUUUCCCAAACAUCAAGAAGAGAGGAUGCAGGAAAGCGAAGAUGAACCAGGUGAGGUUGUGUCCGGCUCUUCCUCGUCAUUAUCAUCUCUCCCUCCCCUGCAGCCGGAUAAGGAGAUUCAGGUAGGUGAGGAACUACCAGGACCUGCAAGGCCUGUUGCGGAGAGAGAAUCAAAUACCAGGGAAGUAGUACAUACAGAAGCAAUCCGUGGUGACGGCAUUCCAGACAGUCAAAACGAGAAACAGCUUGUGCCUCGGGAAGAGGAGCAGGACAGAGAAAAAACAACAGAUAGGAGAAAUAGGACCCAGAUCACAGAUAUAAGUUUGAAAUCCAGGAAAUCACCUCCUUCACUUAGGCUCCACAGAACAGAACUGCAUCUGAACAUUGGAGGGCAAGAGCAAAAGAAACAUGAGUGUCCAGGUAAACCAGCCUGUACAGUGCUAAGAAAAAUUUAUGUUUCCAAACCUCCAGCUGAACUCACACAGGAUAAAGGUAUACAAGUAGAUGAAGGUAGGCUUGGGAUUCAAAGACCCUCUCUAAUUCCACAAAUGCUUUCAGCAGUAUCAGAUAGAAAGAGGAGAGCAGAUACAGGGGCAAUUUGUGCUGUGAGUGAAAGAGAAAACAAACAAAUGUCACAGAAAGGAAAUAAGCGUGAAGUGAAAACAGUAGAUAUGACGAUCAGGAUGCAUCGCAAGGAGGCCCGGCUCUUGUCAAUCUCACACAUCUUUAACACAAAGGAAUUUGUGUUGAAUAUUAAAGAGCUAAAGAAAAAUGUGUACAAAGGUACAGAUGAGCUACCUGUGGUUUUGACAAGGACCUUUUUUUCUGUUCCAUCAGCCCCUCCCCUUUCUCUAGAUUCAGAGAGCAAAAUAGACAAAGAUGUGCCAGGAUUUACAGGAUCCUCUCCUGCACAGCAAAAUCUCCAGGAAUCCUCAGGUAUCCAGAAAACGGGAGUUACAGAGGUAGUUGCUGGUGAUGGGGAAAUUGUUAAAAAAGCAGAACACUCCGUACCCCAGGAAGAGGCAGUGCAACAGUGGGCCUCAAACUUCCUGAUCAGUGUACAGAGAAGGAAUGAUCCUCCACGAGUCAAAUCCGAAGGAGAUUUGAGUCAGUUAGUUUUAAAUUCACAGCAUGAGGAUGUUUAUUUAACAGGAUUUGGUACCAGAAGUGGGAAAAGGCUGGAGUAUUUCUUUACAGGGCAAGAGGUUCAGCCAGAAAAAUACAAAACAGAAACUUUCACUACAUUUCUUUCCUACCCCACCAGGGAGCCCACUAAAAUUGGAAAUCUGAAGAAACAAACUGAAGUAAUGAAUAACUUAAAGCAUAAAAUGAGUCCUAAGGUUUUAGUUUCACCACCAAGGAAAAUAUCCAAGGAAAUACGUAUUACAUUUGGUGCCCCUGUAAGUGCAAAAGGAUUUUCUCUUUCAGAGCAAGUUGCCCACCCACAAAAAACUUUAUCAGAAGCAUCUCCAGGAUCUGCAGAUUCAUAUAAAUGGGAUAAGCCAGAGAACAAUGUACACAGUAAGGAUAAAGGGAGCAGAAUGCUCUCUCCCAGAGUCUCUGCUGCACAGACAAAGGGAUCACUUGAGAAGACGAGAAUCUCAGCGACAGGUGCCCCCCCAGGUAUAGAGAAACAAGAGAUUGUGGUGCAAAAGCAAGUGGUGCUACCAUCGGAGAGUGGACAUAAGACCUGGCUGGACUCCAGCUUUUCUCUGAAGUUCCCAUUUCCAAAUGGAAGGCAGAAGGCACCUUUGGAAAGAGAUGUAUGCAAUGAAACUACAGUGUAUCCUAGAAUACAAAUACUACCAGGAAUCCACGUGGAUAUUACAGUGUUUGAUACCAUAGGAGGGAAAAGAGAGGAGGGAUUGCCAGGUCCAGAACAAGAGGAAUGUAUUCUAGACUCACUCCAGGAGUCUCUUUCUUCCCACUGGACUUUUCCACUUCAGUCUGGAGACCUGGAGGGAAAAAAUAAGACGGACACAAUCAUUACUAUAAAUCUGGAGCAAAAAACAUUAGAAGUGGAAGAAGGGGGAUUAAAAAUAGACAGAAACGUAGCUAUCCGCCUGGCAGUGGACAAGACAGAAAUGCAUCAACACACCAUGGUCAGGCUGGAGGAGAACAAGAAAAGGGACACAAGCAAUACCGUAAACCUGAACAUUCCAUCUCUAAAGGCACAGGAAUCUCAAAUUAACACUCAGGUGAUAACUCGUGUAGAAAACGCCUGCCCAAUCAGGCAAAAACAUAAGGAGCUAGAAGUCUCGGGUGCAAAACAAAAUAUUCAGCCACAGAAAUUGUUUCAAAAACAUGUUCUGGAUUCAUUUUACGCCUAUAUUCCUCUUUCUCUCAAAUUUAAAGGCUGGAAAGGCAGAUUGACAGUAGCAGAUUUGAAAAGAGAAUUGAGCCCCAAAUAUUUAACCAUGAAAAUCCCAAAUCAUCCAAUUUCACAGAUUCUUCACAACACGGGACAUGGCACUCCAAGCAAUAGAAAGAAAUUAGAGUAUGACUUGAAGAAACCAAAGAAAAUAGUUUUGCAGAGUGAAGAUGCCUCAGGAAUAUUUAUCAGAAAUCUUUCUAUUUCUGCAAUGAGUUCAUCUCAGACAGAAGAAAUAGUAGACUCUGAAACAAAUCGAGAAAGAAAAAAGAUACUCUGUUUCUCUGAAUUCCAGCAGAAAUCACCAAACACUCAGGGGAACAGCUCAAGCACUGUAAAAGAAGGGGACCAGCACUUUAUAAACACAGCUCCACAGGAUUCCCAGCCCUUUGUGGUGGAGGGGCAAUGCAAGCAAAAACUCCCCAGUGUCAAAACAGAAGCAAAUCUCCGCAGCAAAACAAAAAAAAAGAUUUUCCUUCCACAAACAAAAGGAAAAAGGGUUGUUCCAGGGCAUGAUAGUUCAAGGACCAUGAAAGAACCUGACGUGCUUAUGACUGAAGAUGAAGAAAAGGCACCAAAACCCAUUCUGACACCAACAGAGGUACCACAACAUGGGAUUCACCCAUUCAAAACCAUGGAGAGUGGCUCAUGCCCUCAACAGGGGGGUCAGAGCAAACCCAUCCAGGACGCAACCACACAAAAGGUCCAGCAACAAAAAACUUUUCCAGGAAUUGGGCCUAUGGCAUCCCAAGUUAAAAGUAACGAAAUAGAAGGAGUGGCACAUAGUAUAAGUACAGAAAGUUUACUUCCUCUUUGUGAGGCAAUUAAGAGUGUCUUUGAAUCCCAGAUAAAAAUUAUCCAUGACAAAAUUUGUGAAGAUAUACUGAAAAAGGUAAAAGCCCCAAAACCCGAUGAUUGGAAGUCACCGCCAUGUGCAGGGAGCCCAGAUACAACAUCCACAAUGAUACCUCCCAAAGUGCAGCCAAAGCCCAUUUUAAAACGUUUUACUCCCAAAGAAAACAAUAAGCUCAUUAAUCAUUUUGAGUCAAAAUCACUUGAAAUAAAACUGAAUCUGAUGCCAGAGACGGCAAAACAAUCCUUCCAAAAGAUUAACUUUUAUCUAAAACAGUCUGUUUCAGAAGAUAACCGUUGGAGGCUAUAUCCAAGACAUAAAAAAAUGUGCUUUGUGUCUCUAGAAGGGAUUGAUAGUAUAGAACUUAACUUAAAACAGAAAUACACCAAGGAUUCACUGCCUGUCAGGGGAAUGAAGACAUUGAUUGUCAGUGUUUCAAGGGACAGCAAAGAGAUUACAAAGUUGAAGAGUAUCAGUAAGCUAGAAAGUAGAGCGUCUUCAGUGACUUCCGCUAAGCAGAUGCCAUUGCCUCAUAUUCUUCAGAACUACUCAGUAGAAGAAGAAGACAAGCUGUGCAUACACUUUUCUAUGAAAACACUGGAGAUUCAAAUGAAAGCCUUUCCCAGAAUUGUAAGAGAAUCUUAUGCAAUGGCCAGGCCUCCGAAUAUAAGGAAGCCUUUAUCUAAAUGUAUUCAUUCUGGUUUCAAAGUACCAAAACGAAAAAACAGAAUUUUGUUACUUUUUGAGGAAAAGUCUCUUCAUCAAAUAGAUCUUGAUUUACAAUAUAAAUACCUUCGUUUUCUCCUGGGGCUUCCGGUCGGACAUAUAUUCCCAAAACCAGCUGCACUUCCCAAACAUACUCUUAAGUUAAACACGGUAGCAACAUGUGAAAAUGUAGGUAACAGGGGAGAAAGUGAUGGUCGUCUCUGCAUUGAUAAAGAACUGUCAGAACAGCAUAUCUCUUCCAAGAAGCAAAGUCCUCAUGACAACUCAAAAUUGAGAAAAUUCCUGGAGCCACCGCUUGUGUGUGCUCCUGACCCCAAUCAACAAGGCACAGUGGCGAGAGAUACUACAGCUCUUUCAGAGUUAAAAUCUCACAGGACUCUGGAAAAAGAUAAGCAAUGUCAUGUAUGGUUUCAAGAAACAGAUACAUGCAAAUGUUUUGAUUCAAAGACUCAGGAAAGCACUCCCAGUUUAGUUGAUUCCCGUUCAACUCAGAUUUCUGAAGAUUUUACCCAAAGUCAGACAGAUAUUGAGAGGUCAGCCAAAUUGGAGGAAUUCUUAGCUCUUGAAGCACGUGAGAGUGAAGAAUGUAUGUUUUUAGAAGCCAACCCUUAUUUAAGUCAGGAAUCACGAAACAUUCUAUUUGAAUUACAGAAAGGCAUUCCUUUGGAAAAUCUGUACAAGAUGAAAAAAAGGAAAACUAAUUUGAACCCAUUGUACAGGGAAGAUUCGGGUUCCCAACAUGUAAGAGGCUGUAGUAAACACUCCUCAGUCGUCACACCUUCCUAUGAAUCCCACAAAAGCAGGAAAUACAGGUCGUCCUCUAAAAUGCCAUCUCCUGACUGGUUGGGCCAUGGUUCAUUAAAUGCUAUACAAGUUCCGUCUAGAUCAUCUUCUGCUCCAUUCAGUGCAGAGAAGGCUUCAUGGACUGCAAGGUGCAGAACCAACCAUUCUUUAGCUCCCUUAACAGAAUCAAAUAUCAAAUUACAUCUUGCAAAAGGCCAAGGCAGACCUCACAGGCAUAUGGAAAGCAAAGAAGGAAAGAAGGCCAAAAUUGAUCUGUUUAGAAAGAACAACGUUCAUUGGGACUGUGAUUACAGUUAUACACGGAAUAAAGAGAAAUGCACGAGAAAGAAGAAAGUCCGUAAUUAUGAGUCAGAAAGACCAAAUUACUGCCCAAGCAAACCUAAGUUACCAUCAAAGCUUCCUCAAGAGGAUAUCAACUUUCAUUCUGAAAGAAGACAAAACCAGCCAUUUUUUUAUGCCUGUAUACCAGCAGACUCACUGGAGAUUGUGCCCCAAACCAUUCGCUGGACUAUUCCCCCAAGAACUUUAAGGAAAACAAACUUCAGAGCUCCUCUGGUGGCAAAGCUUUCAAGUUCUUUCAAUAUAUGGACUUCACCCAAAAAGAUUUUGGAGUCCCUCCUGGAGUCCUUCAGUCCAGUUCGUCCAAAUUGGUAUUCGCACAUCUAG